AUGGCUGAUCCCAAAGCUGCAGCAGAGGCCCUGGUGCCUAAGUUUCAAUAUGAGCGGACGCUGAACCAAGACCAGGCCGGCCGCCGCACAUCGCUCCUCGGUGCCAUUGAUGGCCAGCCCGCUCUUCUGGUUCUCGAGCGGGCCCCAUUUUCCACGUCGCCCGACUAUCUGAGCGCGGUGGCGGGCAACUUGCGGUCGCUGCGGAACCUCGGCGCGAACGACAUAUACCACUGGUUUAUGGCCGCCGAGGGCGCCAGCAGUACUGGCAACACCAACAACAGCGAGCCCGACGCAAGCGACAACCUCAAAAUCAACCUCAUUUACCCCUGCACGCCGCAGCACGUCCGCAAGUACAGCCGCCAGGGCGUGCGCCUCGUCACCGAGACGGCCGCCAUCUACCGCGACCAGGUGCGCCCCUUUGUCCAGGCCCAACGCGACGCCGGUCGUCUCAACUGGGUCUUCAACAUCAUCGAGGGCCGCAAAGAAGUCGAAGACGUCAUCUUCCGCACACCCUACGACCCGCAGACCACCAACGACCAGGGCUUCCUGCUGCUGCCCGACCUCAACUGGGACCGCUCCACCCUCGAAGCGCUGCACCUGCUGGCCGUCGUCGAGCGCCGGGAUCUCUGGAGCCUGCGCGACCUGCGUCGCCGGCACAUUCCCUGGCUGCGGCAGAUGCGCCAGCAGCUGGUGGAUGCCACCGUCAGCGUGUAUGGCGGCCAGGGCCUCGAAGUCGACCAGCUCAAGCUGUACGUGCACUACCAGCCAACCUACUAUCAUUUCCACAUCCACAUUGUGCACGUCCAGCUCGAGUCGGGCGCAACCCAGGCCACAGGGAAGGCCAUUGGGCUCGAGGCCCUGAUUGAGCAGCUCGAGCACAUGGGCGGCCGCGAGGGCCAGACCGACGACGACAUUGGAAUGGAUGCAGUUUCUUUGAGCUACACCCUUGGAGAGGCCAGCGAGCUCUGGGCGGCUGUUUUUGGUCCAUUAAAGGAGCAGGAGGCCAAGAAACACGGCAGCACGGCAAAGACUUCGUCAUGA